AACCGUCAUGCAAAAAACCGGUUGAACUAAAAAUUAACCGGUAAACUGAUAGAACCGGCUCGGUUUUUAAACAUUCCGGUUCGCUAUUCUACCCUUCGAAAUGUCGCCGUUUUGAUCCCAAAGAAAAACAACAACGGAGCAGAGCACCCCCCCUCCCUUCUCUCUCUCACAAACGCACGAAAGCCAACCCUAAACCCUAUCAGAGGCUCAGAGCAAAGCCAACCAGCCACCAUCUCCCAAAACACGUUUCAUUAGCCCCCACCACUAUCGGCGCCGGCGGUGACAACCAGCGGCUGCCAUCCUCGCCUCUCGAAGGUCUGCUCUUCUCCUCGCGUCGCCAGAAGGUCGGUUCGGAACUGCUGUUGGCGUCGCCGUCUCUCUGUCCUCGUCGUCAAGCCCGCCUCUGUCCUCGUCGUCGCCGGCCGCCCUGAACUCGUCGUCUCUGUCCUCGUCAUCGACCCGAGGGUGCCGUCGUUGCCGCCGAACGUCUCUGCUGCUCGGCCCUCUUCCCCUUGCCGUCGCGAAGGUCUGCUCGGAGCUCUUCUCCUCGACGUCGCGAACGUGUUUGCUCGGCCGUCUUCUCUUCGCCGUCACCUCCGUUCCACUGGUCGGCCAAAACCUCCACGCGAACGACUCUGCUGCUCGCCCGUCUUCUCUUCUCCGGUAAGCACUCAUCUUCUGUGCUCUUGUUUGUGUCUCUGAAGCUAAGAGAAUGAAUACUGCGACUAUGUCAAUUACAACUGACGCCAGUGCUGACAAAAUCAUAUGGAAACAAAUUGAGGUUUCUGAGAGCUACCUUGUUUGCUCCAUGUAUGAAGAAGCCACUUCGAUAGCUAUCUCCAUUUUGAAGGUCUUGCAAGACGACUCUUCUGGUGUUGCAACUCAGGAUAUGUGGGAAUCAGCUGCCAUGGUCCUGGUUCAAUCACUCAAUCAACUUGGCAGGGCACCGGAUAUUCUCAAUCAACUUCGAUCGUAUUUCACUUCAGUCAAAACUAUCCCUUCUCAAGUUCUUCUUACCGGAGUUUGUUUCCAAAUAGCUGAAGGUUCUAUAUCUGGCAUUCGAGAAUUUCUGGAGGAAUUUCUUAAUGGAUGGAAUCUGGGGGAUGGACAAUAUGUUGCUGUUAUUGCUGAGGCAAAGAAAGAGUGCGGAAGUAAAUAUAACAAGCACUUAGUUCUUGGAAUUGAUGAAUACUUGGAAGUUGUCGAGGUUUAUGCAGUCACACUUCUUGCCACACUUCUAAAAGAUGUGGAUCUUGCAAUCUCUUGGGUUGAGAAUGCUUCACUGCCUGAGGAAAACCGACAGGGACUUCGGAGAAGGUUAAACUCAAUGCACUGUUCUAAAAGUGCAAAAUUUUCUCAAGUUUCCUCUCCUACAAGUGACAAUGCGGCUUAUUCUGUUAAUGAGCAAAAUGUAUGCGAAGGAUCACAUAAAUCUUUAAAAGGCAAAGAUUCAGACAACAGAAAGUACGCUUCAAAAAUUGUUCCAAGACUAGCUGAGCGAAUAGAACCAUGCUUCUGGUGCUUUCGUGCGAUCAAUUUGAAGUUUGGCAAUACAAAGUUUGUAAUAUCUAGUGGGAAGAUUAUGCUCAGUUGUUUGGUCCUGUUCAUCUAUUAUGUUUACAGAAGGAAGCAAGCUACUAUAAAAAGGAUGGUAAGAACACAAGUAACCGCAAUGAAGAGAGCUUUGGUAGAUUUGUGGCAGCUUGCAUUUUCAUAUGAAGUAAAUCCUCUUGCAGCUGUUCAGCCAAUUGCCGCUGCUGCAAAUCAAGGUCGAUGACGCAACUGUUGAUCAGCAUGACCUUUUCUGGGUUGGGUAUAAGAAAUACUUAAUAGCUAUUUUAAGAUGCGCUUCCUUAUGCUGAUCUGUAAGGCCUUAGGACUCAUAAUUCUCGAGGUCAUGACUCCAAGCUACACAUCAAUUUAUGUAUUCUAUUUUGUGUAGUAGUAGUAGUUGAAAUCAGUGUACUAUUAUGAUAAUAAUUUUAAAAUUGAUUUUUUCAUAUCGUUGCUGGAUGCAAUUUUUGUCAUUAUCAGCAAUAUGAUUAUAUUUUUUUUACUUCAAUAGAAGAUGAAGUUGGUAGCACAAUAGAAGAUCAAGCUGUGUAUUCUGUCCUAUAAAAAUAAUGAGGGGUUAAAAUGUUAUUUC